CAUUUUACUGUUUCAUGUUGGUCUCAACUCUCUGACACAGUGCUCCCCAUUAAUAAAUUCCUCCAUGCCACAAGAAAACACAACGUUUCCUUUUCCUCUUUACCAUUAUACACUGCCCUGCAUAUGGUAACGUUUAUAUAUAUACACCAUUACAGUGAUUACACAGUGAAAGAAAGGCCUGCUCUGCCUCCUAUAUGCAUGGACUUAACAGUAACAUUUUGCAGAGACCCACUUGCUGCAGAGAGCACAUAAUACUUUGUUCUCUUCCUUCCCCUUCAUUUAAGUCUCUGCACCUUCAGCAUUCAUAUAUACCACCUACUCAAAACAACAAUCUCCUAUAAGAAAAAGGUUCCUUACAGUUCAUCUAUGGAUACCAUUAAUGUGUAGCUUUUAGUAGCAUGGGGAAGACUGGAGGAGGAGGCUCAUGGUUGACUGCGGUCAAAAGGGCUUUCAGAUCUCCCACCAAGAAUGAGAAAAGCAACACCAGGAGGAGAGAAGAACUACAAGAACAUGAGGAAGAAGAAAAGAAGAGAGGAAAAAGGAGAUGGAUUUUCAGGAAGCCUGUGAAUCAGGAAACAGUCAUACAUGUGCAGCAUACUGAAGAGAAAACCUUAUCUAAAAAUGCCACAGAAACUGCUCAGACUGCAACUGCGGCUUUACUAAAGCCUGUUUGCCAAGAUAAUGAGACUGUUACUAAUGGAGCUGCUGAAGAACAAAGAAAUGCUCUUGCAAUGGCCGUGGCGACGACAGCAGCUGCUCAGGCAGCGGUUGCAACUGUCCAAGCAGCGGUGGAAGCUGUUCGUCUCAGUACUAAUUCUAGUUCUAGUAACUGUAAUCUCUAUAGGCCACGGCCUUCUAUUUUCGUUAGAGAUUACGCGGCCAUUGCUAUUCAGACUGCCUUCAGAGGAUAUCUGGCGAGAAGAGCUCUUCGGGCGUUGAAGGCGCUGGUGAAGCUUCAAGCAUUAGUGAGAGGCCACAAUGUUAGAAAGCGAGCAAAGAUGACUCUACAAUGCAUGCAAGCACUGGUUCGAGUCCAAGCUCGGGUUCUUGACCAACGAACUAAGAGGCUUUCGCAUCAAGGAAGCCUAGAUUCCAUGUUCAGUACAGAUCAUCCCAAUUCUAGCUUAUGGGGGUCACAUUUCUCAGACAGGAAGUCCAUUUCAAGAGAAGAAGAAAGUAGUACCUUGGAUGAUGAAGAGGAUGAUUGGGUCCAUUGGGAUGAUCUCCAGCCAAAAACACUAGAGCAUAUUCAAGCCAUGUUGCAUAAAGCGAAAAAAGCUGCAGCCUCAAAUCGCGAAAGGACUACUCUUGCUUAUGCCUUGUCCAACACAAACCAGGAGGAGCUAGAGGAGAAGUUUAAUAUGCUUGAUGGGUGGACAAGAAGAAAGCAGUGGGAGAAUGGGAGAGCUUCUUGUGAUCAGCAAAGAGCAGACCCUAUUGUAAAAACAGUUGAAAUGGACACCUCUAGACCUUACUCUUAUAGUCCAACCCCCAAUUUGAAACGAGCAGAAUAUCAAUACCAGUGCCAUCACUACCAACAACAACAAAGAUCUCAUCAGUACUCAUAUCCGGUUGCCUCUCCACAAGCACCAACCACACCAUUUGCAUCCCUUACAAGAAUUCCGCAAGUGCACUCGGCUAGCCCUCGUUGCUACAUUAGAGAAACCGGUCAUGGAGUUGGAAUGGGGGAGAGUGAAGUGCCAAACUACAUGGCUGCAACAGCUUCAGCCAAGGCUAGGAUUCGGUCACAAAGCGCACCAAGGCACAGACCUGCAACACAGGACAGAGAAAAACAAUGCUCAGCAAGGAAGCGCCUUUCAUUCCCGGUUCCAUCUGAGCAAUCUGGUACUAAUUGCACUUCAGACAUCGAGUUGAAGAGCCCGAAUUAUAAGGGGAUUAAUGGAGGCCAAGCAAUCCGAAGAGAGCACAAAGCAAGCAAUGUGUCUUAUUAUGUAACAGACAGUGAGACAUCUCCAACUUCCAGAGGUGAACUAAGAAGGUGGUUGAGGUGAUUAGCAGCCUAGCUAUGGCAAUUUAAGGCAGUAGUGAUUUAGUUUUCUCAAUGCCAAAUGCACAUUAUGUGAUGAUGAUUAUAGAGACUGAUGUAUUCAACUUUUAUGAUUAAUAAACUUCAAGCAACUGCAUA